AUGUCAAUAAAUGAAACACCUCACAACAAAGGCCAGGGACUUCGAAAAGCGGGUGGUCGUCCAAAAAUUGUUGUUCCUGAAGGAUCACCUUCUCGAAAUAGUGAUAGUGGCUCUUUCACUAUAGAAGGAGAUACCUCCCUUAAUGAUGACCUUUUAAGUAUAUCUGGUAGUGUCACACCAAGAGCGAGAAGAUCUUCGAGAUUGAGUUUAGAUUCAAUAACACCGAGAAGAAGUUUUGAUUCUAGGACACUAUCUGUUGCAAAUAGUAGAUCGUUCGGAUUUGAAAAUGAAACGCAUAGUGGAUCCAUGGAUUUUUCACCAUUGGGAAAUAACUCUAUCUAUGAAAUUGUGAUGAACACAAGAAGGAAAAACUGGCUCAACUAUCCUACUGUUGCUGAUAUUCCACAAGUUAGUCUAAGCAGAAAUGAUCUGGAUGAUCAUUGGAAAACCCAUGUGAUUGAAUACGUUAAAAACAUCAAAAGUGAUUAUCAAAUAUUUCAAAGCACAAACAAUAUAAGAAAUAUGAAUCAAAUGGAGCAGUUAAAAGAACUUCGAGAGGGUGAAAAAAUAAAUGAGGAGUCGUUCGAAGCAAAUCUGAGGCAAGAUGAUGCUGAACUAAUAAGUAGUAUACCCGACUUUUACUUUUCAGACAAAUUUCAAUUAGAUAACCCUCGAACUUUUCAUAAAGUGUUGGAUGCUAUCGAUUUGUUUUUAACUAAACCGGACAUGAAGAGACAAACACAAAGGGAAGAGGCUUUUUUUGAAUUAAGGGACAAGCUAAACGAUUUUUUGGAUAUCGUAGAAACAUUGCUGGUUACGGAGAUAUCUAAAUCCUCACAUAAAUUUUUCCAUGCGCUAAGCGAGGUUGACAAUAUUCAGAAAAGGGCUUAUAACACAAUGAGUGAGCUGGAGGAGUUAGCACAAAAUAUCAAGACCAUCGAUGCAGAGAAUAUCAGAAAAAAGAUCUCACACCUAGAAAUAAUUUUUAAGAGAAAGAAUGUAGAGAAACUGGAACAGGGAUUAUUGCAGGCGAAAUUAGUGCUGAACAAAACAGAUGAGUGUAGAUCAAUGUAUAAGAAGAACAAAUUGGAUGAGUGCUUAGAGCUGAUAAAAUCCAUCGAUCAUCUAAUUAAGGGGGAUGAUUCAGUAAACGAAGAUGUUCAAUGCUGGACGAGAUCUUGGCCCUAUAAACUGAGCAAUUUGAGAACGAUACCCGCCUUAUCAGCAACAAGAGAGUUUUUAACUAAUAUGAAAAUUGAAAUAGGAGGGAAGUUUAGCCUACAAUUAUCCAAUUUACUAAUAGAUGAUUUAAGGUCCUUUUACAAAUCAAUUAAACCAAUGGAAACACUGUAUAGGAUACAAACAGGAUCUAAUGAUAGAAAACAAACUAUAUUCACUGGUAGUUUUUCCUCAAAGAUAGGCGAAUUAAUAGUCAGGUUGAAUAGAUGCGAAGAAUUGACCAGUGCCUUUGACUUAUACAGGGAAAAAUCUAUCGCAGAGCUCAAAUCCGUUAUAAAAAUUUAUUUGCCAACAGAAAAUACACUCCCAGACAAUAACCACGAUGAAAAACAACUUAAUAAUGACUCGACUAGUGGGUCUAAACUUUCAAGAUUAAUAAAGGAGCAAACUCCUGCAGAAUUUCAGUCCAUGCUUGUAAAAAUAUUCACGCACGCGCUAGAAGCCCUUCGGAGACUUUACGGACAUCAAAAGUUACUUCUGGAUAUUUCGCUUAACGAGCUAGCAUCUGUUAAAAGCCCAAAUGAAAACCAGCACAACAUGAUUACGCAACUGGAUAUACGUACUGGCAUCAACGAAAUAAUUAGAAUUAUUCAAUUGCGUACUGGUAAGAUUAUUGCCGUAAGAAGAGAAUUGAACUUAUCUCUACGGUAUGAUUAUUUCUUGAAAUUUUAUGCCAUAUGUGUUAUUUUUAUUCAAGAAUGUGAAGUAUUAAGUGGUGAAUUUUUAACGAAAUAUUUAAGUAAUGUUUUAGCAUCUCAGAUCAAGCAUUAUGCAAGUGCACAAAGCUCAAAAAACUACCGUACUAUAAAAAAAAAAAUCGAUGCCGAGAAAUGGAUUCCAUAUAUCGUCGACUCCUCUAUCCAAAGUGAUGUUAACGAUAUUGUAUCGAGUAUAGACAUAGACCCAUUGAGUUGGACAGCUAUUUUAGAUAUGAUAGAAGGUUCUCGUGCUUGCGAAGAUGACGAAAGCGAAGGCAAAAGAAAAGAUGAAGGAGACGGAACAUCCCAAGGUCAUAGGAAAUCGGUUGUUGUUGGCGAUAAAACUUUUGUGGCCAGUAGUUCUUUACUGGCUACCAUUGAAGUUAUUAAGGAGCUGAUGGUUCUUUCAAUCAACCUUCCCUCUAUAUAUCUACCAAAUUUUGAGAAGUUGUGCUAUGACGUGCUGCAAUACUAUAACAGUAGCGCCAUGGCAUCUGUCACACAACCUGGAAACUCACUUUUAAAAACGGGUAGAAACUUGUCUAUCAUGGGAGAGUCAUUGGACUGUCUCGCUGAGUUUGUAAUUAUCGUUCAAAGAUUUUAUCAAAGGCUUUCCAACUCUAGCAGGGACUUUGAGCCGUUUGACCCGAGUCAUUAUACAACUCUAUUGGGGCAAUAUCAGGCCUCAUCUAAUAAGAUAUACAUGGCCAACGCCCCACCACCACCUGUAUAA